UAUCGAUCCCGCGCUCAGCCAUUGCGGUGCACCGGGCUGCACAGCGACCCAGCCAGCGCUGGGGCCGGGCGGGCGGCCGCGGGAGCGUCUCUGGGGCUCGGGGCCGAGCGAGGGCUGCGUGCCGACUCUGUCUGACACGGAAAAUCAGCAAAAAUGGGCAAAGGUGAUCCUAAGAAGCCGAGAGGUAAAAUGUCUUCAUACGCCUUCUUUGUGCAAACCUGUCGGGAGGAGCACAAGAAGAAACAUCCAGAUGCGUCAGUGAACUUCUCAGAGUUCUCAAAAAAAUGCUCAGAACGAUGGAAGACUAUGUCCUCUAAGGAGAAAGGGAAGUUUGAAGAUAUGGCAAAGGCUGACAAGCUUCGUUAUGAAAAAGAAAUGAAAAACUAUGUACCACCCAAGGGGGAGACAAAAAAGAAGUUCAAGGAUCCAAAUGCACCUAAGAGGCCUCCUUCGGCUUUUUUCUUGUUUUGCUCCGAGUUUCGUCCAAAAAUCAAAGGAGAACAUCCCGGUCUGUCCAUUGGAGAUGUUGCAAAGAAACUGGGAGAGAUGUGGAACAACACCGCUGCAGAUGAUAAACAGCCUUAUGAAAAGAAGGCUGCUAAGCUGAAGGAGAAGUAUGAAAAGGAUAUUGCUGCAUACCGGGCCAAAGGGAAGGUUGAUGGAGGCAAGAAAGUAGUUGCCAAGGCUGAGAAGAGCAAGAAGAAGAAGGAAGAGGAGGAGGACGAGGAUGAAGAUGAAGAGGAUGAGGAUGAUGAAGAGGAGGAAGAAGAGGAAGAUGAAGAUGAUGAUGAUGAUGAAUAAGUCUCUUUUAGAGCAAUUUCUUUCUUGUCUAUAAAGCAUUUAACCCCCCUGUACACAACUCACUCCUUUUAAAGAAAAAAAAAUUGAAAUGUAAGGCUGUGUAAGAUUUGUUUUUAAACUGUACAGUGUCUCUUUUUUUGUAUAGUUAACACACUACCGAAUGUGUCUUUAGAUAGCCCUGUCCUUAGUGGUAUUUCAAUGGCCACUAACCUUGCCUGGUACAGUGUGGGGGUUGUAAAUUGGCAUGGGAGUUAUAAAGCAGGUUCUUGUUGGUGCACAGCACAAAUUUAGUUAUAUUUGGGGAUGUAGUUAAUUUCUCAUCUUCAGUUGUCUCUGAUGCAUCAUAAAAAUAAUCGUCGUUCUGUUAACUGAAUACCACUCUGUAAUUGCAAAAAGGAAGAAAAAAAGUUGCAGCUGUUUUGUUGACAUUCUGAAUGCUUCUGAGUAAAUACAAUUUUUUUUAUUAGUAUUGUUGUCCUUUUAAUAGGUGCCCUUGAGAGUCAUACUUUUUCUUUUUUUUUCUUUUUUUUUUUUUCUUCUUUUGAGGGGAACUCAUCUUUUGCUUUAUUGAAUGCCCGUAUGGGAUCACGGGAAUAUUACAGUUUUCAUCUUUCAUAUAACCAGCUGAUAAACAAAGCUUUGAUCUGCAUACCCUGCAUUAUCAUGAUAGGGUAAGAAAAGAAAUAUAUAGGCAUAUAAUGAAAAUACUCUUCCAUAACUGGAAACAACAAAAAUUCAAUCUCAGCAAACGGAUACUUGUUCAGAUUUUUGUGAAAUGUAAUAUUCUAUUGCGUUGCAUGAGUUUACCAGUCUUGGACAGUUGAGAAGUAUAGAGUUCAAUUUUACGGAAACUAAAUACUUUGGGGGGUG